CUCCGCCGUCUUCUUUCUUCUUCCUCACCUCAGUGGCUCCGUCCCUAAUUCCCUAUUCCUUAAUCCCCAUUCCUCACCUCAAUCCCUAAUUCCAAUUUCAAAUCAAACCCAUUUGGGUUGCUAACUCCAGCAGUCCAGCGUCCAGCCGUUUCAUUUCGCUGUUGCUAACUCCACCCAUUUGUUGUCAAAUCAAACCCAUUUGGAUUGUGCAGUCGGUGCAGCCGUGCAGCGAGCGGAAGCUUGGACCUUGAAGCAGGUGCAGUUGUGCAGCAGGUCAGCCCAUAACCCCACUUGAAUCUUAUUCGAAUCGAGUCUUGUCAGGGAAAGAUUCCUCUAAUGCAAAUAGUGCAGAACAAGAUUUGGUAAGAAUGGAAGCCGAUCCUCAAAACUCACACAAUAUUAGUGAGGAAGGUAAUGAAACAAUAAAUCAAGAGGCUAACGAUGACCAACAAGCUGAAAGUAGAGAAGAUGGAGAUGGAGAAAGUGGGCAGCUAGGUACAAAGGAGGCUGAAGAAGGCAAAAGAGCAAAAAAGUCUAAAGCUUGGGAUGACUUUCGAGAAGUUGUAGUAAAAGGAAAAAGAAAGGCAGAAUGUAUUCACUGCCUAACUAAAUUAGCCCGGACUAUAACAGGAACCACUUCUAGUAUGAUAAGACAUAGCAACAGUUAAAGAUUCAUUUAAGACAAUUAUCACAAGCUUCUCAACAAUCAAUGCUCAAUUUUCCACCGGCUGAUGCGGCUGUAUUUCCUAUUCCUCCACUACAUUCUGGGAAGUUUGAGAUGGAGAUGAUGAGGGAGGCAGCUGCUAAAAGGGUGUUGAUGCAUGAACACCCAUUUAGCUUUGUAGAGGAAGAGGGAUUCAACUACAUGCAGAAACUAGGGAUGCCGGAGUGGAAAAAAUUUACUCUUAAUACUUAUGGAGCUGAUUGUGUGAAGAUUUAUGAAGCUGAGAAAAAGAUAUUGAAAAAUCAGUUGAAGGAUGUUGAGAAAAUAAGUUUAACCACUGAUUUGUGGAAGUCCAAGAACCAGAAGAUCGAGUAUAUGGUGAUCACAGGCAAUCGAGGAGAUCUCCAAGAGGAACUCGGAGCGGACUCCUAA